UUCAUACGUCAUGUACAUGUAACGAAACGUAUACUAAUAUUGACACAAAUCCCAUCAAACAUUGCAAAACAUCUUCGCAAAAAGUUCGAAAACAAAAGCGCGAUGGCGGAUUCUACUCCGUUAGUGGGCCUAACAGCCAUUGAUAUUCACGAAUCUGAACCCAAAGUUUUUGACAAUCCUGAAGCAUUCGUAUCUCUUCUGUCUGAACAUGAUAUACAAACAUCUCGCGGUAAAAUACGUGUGACUCGACAGGGAAAAACAGGGAAGCCCGCCAUCGUCACGUUCCACGAUAUUGGACAGAACCACACAUCAGCAUUUCUUGGGUUUUUCAACUUCACUGAAAAUCGUCCGCUCCUUGAUAAUUUCUGCAUCUUCCAUCUUGAUGCUCCUGGCCAAGAAGACAACAGCGACGAUCUACCAGAAGAAUACAGGUACCCGACGAUUGAUGAGUUGUCGGACAUGGUUGGAGAGGUGGUAGAUUUUUUCGAAAUCAAGAGAUUUAUUGGCUUCGGAAUCGGCGCUGGAGCUAAUAUCCUCUGCCGAUAUGCUCUAUGGCAUCCAACGAGAGUUGAAGCGUUAGUGCUGGUGGAAUUGGUUGCUUCUAAUGGAGGAUGGAUAGAUUGGGGAUAUCAAAAGGUAUCUCUAACAAUAAUAUUUUUAUAGCCCGCUCGUGAGAUUCACAGCAAUUUGCUUCCAUUUAGCAGCUCAGCUUCAAAUCACCUGGUGUGUAUAUUUGCUAAGGGUCAGUAAUUAUUUAUCACACUCCCCAAUGAGCUGAUGCUGUUUUUUUGUCAAGGUAAACAAAAUUAGCCUUGAAGAAUGAAAAUAAAGAAGGCGCAAUAAAUUAAGCAUUUUGCUAGCGAAGGAUCGAUCAGACUUAAGGAAAAAUUCAGCAACUACCCCUGAUCAUGGUUUGAUUUCAUCCUUGGAUCCAUUUUUCUCUGUAACGCCCUUGCUACAAGCUGAGAAUGUCAUCUUUCUUAAUUGUUUUUGUUAGGUAGGUGAAUUCAAAGUAAACUUAGACAGAGUGAAAAUAGCUGAAAAUUUUCCUUCAAAAAUCAUCAAAACAAGUGAGAGGCAAUAUAGCAAUAUAAUUUUGAGAGUGACAUGUUUAUUGAAAGGUUAGAGACAGUGAGACUGAUAUAAGCGCUCCACUGACAAACAAACUCAAACACUGGCUGUAGAAUGAACGAGAAAAUCAAAUACUGCAUGAGGAGUAGCCAAGUGCGGCAUGAAGAAUUUUUCGAUGUUAUUCUAUAACUAGCAAGUGCAUUUGUUUGUUGGUAAAUUGCAAACAGGAAACUUUUAAUAUUUAAACGAACUACUCUGCAUUGCAAAAUCAACUUUUUCUAAGUGAACAUCAACAGAACCACCUGCAAGAAGUUCAAAACAUAUUUUAUGUCAGAAUAUCUACAUUGCAAACAAAUGAAAAUAAUUUUUCAAGGGAAGAUGACUGCAUUAUCUUUUAAUUUUUAUAAGUUAUUGUUCAGAUUUCUCUAAUGGUUCAAAAAACAGUCACUGAUGAAAGUUAUUAACACAUGCAAAUUUGUGUCUUGUAAGGCCAUCAACACCCUCCAUUCAGACAGCCAAUGAGCGUCCAGAAUUCCACACAAAGCAUGAAGUUUGAAUAUUAAUUUCAUUAAUAUUAUUUUACAAGGGUAGCAAAAGGGGUAUCUUGGGAUUUUGGGUUUUAAAAUUGAGACUUUUCUAUUAUUAGUUUUUUUUUAAGGUUUGUUUUGACUUGUUUUUGCCAUCUGGCAACUGCAAAGUUUUUGUUUAGUCACCCUUCACACCAAGUCUACAAGAGGUUAUGCCCAGCUAGAGCCAGAGUAGAUGAAAAAUCCUUUUUGGUAAUGUUUUCAUGUUUUUGUUUUCAGUUAUGUGUCAGGCAGCUCCAAAACAAGGGACUUACAACAUUUGUUGAAGACUACCUUCUAUGGCACCAUUUUGGCAAAAAGACAAAAGAAGAAAACUUGGAUCUGGUCCAUGCCUUCAAGCAAAGCAUUCACUCUGCACUAUCUCCUCGCAACCUGGCUCUUUUUAUUAACUCUUACUUGCAUCGCUCAGACCUUCAAAUGCAACGCCCUGACAAGACCAGUGCCAAGAAAGUCCCUGCUCUGAAGUCCGCAGCUUUACUGAUAACAGGAGAUAACUCUCCGCACCAAGAUGACGUAGUGAAUACCAACUCAAGGCUUGAUCCAGAGAUAUCUAACUACUUCAAAGUGUCUGAGAGUGGAGGCAUGCCUUUGGAAGAGCAGCCACAUAAAGUAGCAACUUCACUGAUUCUGUUUCUCCAAGGACUGGGUUACUGUAAGUUACUAAUACUAUGUGCCUUGUACAGUGAAAGCCCGAUAUAUUGA